AUGGCAGAUUCGCCUCAGCUGGGCAGUACUCCCAAACUUGCUACCCAAGACCGGGCGACUGUGAAAAAAUGGGCGAUGCCGAAUCCACCCACGCAAAGCUUCAAUAUUGGUGAUGAUGUUGGUAUGAAAGAUGAAAAUGGGAAAUUGGUGUACGGGGUCGUGAGCGAUGUUCACUCAAAGAACGAUGAAUUUUUCUACGACUUAGAGAUUCGUGGCCACACCAAGAAGGAUGUGCCCCAGAAGCAGCUAAGACUCCGACAGCGGAAAGCAAACGUGGAGAAGGCACUACCAACAUUCAUCGGCAAUCAUCGUGAUGAGAGCUAUCAAACCAAUGAUCCCGAGGGGGGAACAGACCCCGCUGCCAUACCAGCGAGUCCGACAACCAUAUCAAGCGAAAGCACGGUUUCUGGUGGUUCUAGAAGCCCAUUAGGUUCGCAAAACUUGUCCAAGACCUGCGGAAAGCUGAUUUCGACACAGUCAAACGGGGAUCGCGAGAUACAUGAGAAUACACGAAGCAAGGCUCCAAUUGUCAAGGAGAUUCACAAUACGCCACAAGGGUAUCCUCGACUCGCAGCCUUUCUAGACUCUGACGAGAACUUUAUGGUCUACAGACAUUUCGGCUACUUGCAAUCACGGCUGCUCGUGGAAAAGCAGAACGACCUCCACCUCCUCGAGAUUGAAUUGGAGGAGCUUGACUGCAGCGACGAGGCAGAGGAUCCACGGCGCCUACAAACUCGGCGAGACUAUGAUGCUGAGCACAUGCGGGAGCGUGUGCAGCUCCUCAAGCGUAUAGAGCGGAAGUGGCUUGAGUACUCUAACUUACUGGCCGCGGCGCAAAAAUUGACCAAGUUCAACAAGCCCACGGAAGGCGAGUACGUCAGCGUACGCAACUGGAUUGAGGGUCAGAACGGCGUGCUGGAUGAGGACGCCGAGUUUGUCUACCAGAAGGAAGACCUAAUCACGCUUCGACCGGGCCGCGAGUACGCCUGGCUCGACGCUGGUGUGGAGCGUUUUCUACGGUCCUUUGAUUGUAGAUUCAUUCGGUGGCUGUUCCAGUCAGGCGAAACGCGGCGCAAGACGGAUGGCUCGGGCCAUGAGGUGUACUUCACCCGCAACCGCAUUGAGCAAUUUGUUCUGUUGAUCAUCACGUUCAUUAUCCUGGUGCUUUUGGUCGUCCCGAUUUAUGUGCUCUACCAGCUGUCCGACGAGAACGAAGACGAUGCAAAUUCCGGACGGGACUUUCAGUGUAUUGGCGUUCUUCUUGUCUCCACGUUCGCCUUUUCGGCCUGCAUUAGUCUGUUCACCAAGGCGAGAAGGCAUGAAAUUCUCGCCGCAAGCGCCGCGUGA